AUGACGACUAAGCCCGACCGCCCAGUAUUGGAGCUGCUUCAGGCUGAAGCUUGUGACGAUGAUCAAAGCUUCUUCCACAUCCCAGUUGGCAAUCGAUAUGUCAAAUAUCUCUCUAUCAACCCAGGUCCGUACACACUGGAAGACAUGUGCUUUGGGACCGUUCUAGCUAGCAUUCUUCCAGACGUCCCUCAUGGAAAUCAAAAACGACGGCUUAGUGGGUCGUCCUUACUCUGA